ACCGGAAGUUGUCCUGAAAUUUCCCUUCCAAAUUCAACGCGGCCCCAAAACAAAGUCCAAAACUCCCAAAUUUGACGUCAUUCCUCAGUCCACACAUUGGAUUAUAUAUAUUUCGAUGUGCCCAUUUACUCUGGUUUUGCUAAUCCCAUUUCCUCGUCUUCCCUUUUAAACCCACUUGUCUUUCCCUUUCUUUAUCGCACCCAUUUCCAUUUCCUUCUGAAUUUCUCGUUCCAUUCGAUUCCAUUCGAUUCGAUUCGAUUCUUUGCAAGUUUUCAAAUGGGAAAGCGUGGAUUGUUCGAUCUCGAGAGGCAUUUUGCAUUCUAUGGGGCUUAUCACAGCAACCCAACUAAUAUUUUCAUCCAUAUUCUCUUCGUCUGGCCAAUCUUCUUCACUGCGCUCAUGCUUUUCUAUUACACCCCUUCCUUCUACUCUUUUCCCAAAUGCCCAUGUGGCUUCAAUACUGGCCUCGUUUUGAAUUUUGGGUUCUUGUUUGCUUUGCUUUAUGCUGUUUUCUAUGUACUUUUUGACAAGAGAGCUGGAUCUUUGGCCGCUUUUAUGUGUUUUCUCUGCUGGGUUGGAGCGAGUGUUUUCGCUUUUAAACUUGGAUGGACUCUUACUUGGAAGGUAGUGUUGGCAGCACAGUUGUUCUGCUGGACAAGUCAGUUUAUUGGCCAUGGGGUGUUUGAGAAACGAGCACCCGCUCUCAUCGACAACCUUGCUCAAGCUUUCCUAAUGGCUCCAUUCUUUGUUGUGUUGGAGAUUCUUCAUGCUUUAUUCAAAUAUGAACCGUAUAGCGGUUUUCAUGCGAACGUUAAAGCGAGGAUAGAAUCCGAGAAGAAAGUUUGGCAAGACAAGAAAGAAAAAAAAAGCUCGUAGCUUGAAACCCCUUUUUUAGUUGUAUGACAGAGAACGUAUAAAUACGCAUGUCGAUGUGUAUCCAAUACAAUGUUAAGUGUCUGAUUUUGAUUUGAUUUGUGUGGAAUUGUCUAAUUGAAAGCUUCAAAUGUGUUUUGAAAAUUUCAGCAAAUAGAAUUUGUAUACUGUUUGUAUUUGAAUAAGAUUAGAAUGCUCCUCUUUCCAUCUCAUAAUCCAAAUCUGGGGAUUGGUUUCA